UGUGUGUGUGCACGUGUUUGUGUUCAGGUGUGAGUGUUGGCCUUAGAGCUGGACUCACAGAGAAGUCAGCGUCCGGACAGUGUGGCAGGAAAAAGAGCACGUCAGAGCUCUUUGAGGGGGCCCUGACCGCUGAACAUGGGGCCAACAUACUGAGGGCCCCCCAGACAAAAUACAAAAACCAAAAAGGAGCGGAAAAUAACCAAGACAAAGAAGAAAAGUUAAAAAAAGAAAAAAAGAUAUAGAGAGCAGAACAAUGGUUGCAGAGGAAGUGAUAAUUACAUUGUCCGGCGGAGCGCCAUGGGGCUUUCGUCUCCAGGGAGGUGUGGAACAUCAGAAACCACUGCAGGUGGCUAAGGUGCGUAAACGCAGCAAGGCAUGCAGGGCUGGGCUUCGGGAGGCUGAUGAGCUGGUGUCUAUCAAUGAUCAGCCAUGCGGAACACUGUCUCAUGCCCAGGCCAUGGAUCUCAUCGACAGCUCCUCUGGGAUAUUACACAUCCGGGUCAAAAGGGUGCCUGCUGGCUUUCAGUCCGUGGUGCUUGUGACUCGUGCCCCAUCUCCCCGUAUAGACAAAGAGUACCGUGCUGCUUUGCGUGCCAUGUCGCCCAGCCACCAACACCACGCACCCAUCCGUGAAGUCCACCGUAGCCACUCCUCCAUAACCAGUGGAUUGACAUCUCCACCUGGUAGUGAGGCUUACUACGGUGAGACUGACAGUGAUGCAGAUGUGGCCGGUUACGAAAGGCAGAGAAGGCAGAAACGGCGCAGCCCCAAUAACCCAACCCCGGGAAAACCAACAGGACGAGCUUCCCCAGAGGGCGGAGAGACGUCUGAGAUGAGUGGCUAUGACAGCGCUCCAGAUGCACAUGCUUAUCCUCGUUUGUUGGACGGACGUGGGGGAGAUGGAGAACGAGGAGGAGGACUACCGGGGGUGGCACGGAGGGAGGUGAUUUACCAACCCCCUGGUCCAGGAAUGUGGUCCUCCCAGACAUCCACUGAGACCUCCUCCAUCAUCUCCUCAGCAGAUGACCAGGGGGCACGGGAUGGAGUACAAGAGGAGGAUAGUGGUUUUCUAGAGCUAGCCAAUGUGCCACUGGUAUCCCCUGAGAGGGCAAAAGAGGCACUUCUGCUGAGCUCCCGCAGCCAGCUUGUACCCAUGGUGGGUCCUGUGAAUAAACCCAUUGAUGAGGAGCUGACAACAACCUACAUGGAAAAGGCCAAACAAGCUAAGUUGAACAGAGGGGAUAAUCUGCAAGAAAAGCAUGUAAAAGAAGCCAAAAGCAAGUGUCGAACAAUUGCAUCCCUACUGACUGAUGCUCCCAACCCUCACUCCAAAGGGGUGCUGAUGUUCAAAAAGAGGCGUCAGCGCUCCAAGAAGUACACACUCACCAGUUUUGGUAGUGUGGAUGAGGACAGGUGUGAGGACUCUCAAGAGGAGGAUGGGGUAUUCCCUGGCAGUGAAUCUGAGUUUGAUGAGGAUGGCUUCUCUGCUGUUCCUGACACAACUUGGGAUAGUGAUUACUUGGAUAUGCUGGAGAAGAGGGCAACUGCAGGCACUGAAGGUCGUGGGGACAGGGCAGAGGAGGUUUCAAGUCCAGGGUUGAGUCAAACUACAGGCAAGGGCGCCCAGUUGUUUGAGCAGCAGAGAAAGAAGGCUGCUGAGCAUGCCAAGAAGGCAGAAGCGGCACAACCUCAGGCUCCUCCACAGUCUCAAGUCCAAGGGCAGGUUCAGGCACAUCAGUUGUAUUCAGAGUUUCAACCACAUAUGCAGCCAGACCUCCAGCCUCAGCAGAUGAUACCACCGGGCCCAAGAGCCAUUCAGCAAGAUCAAGCUCAGGCUCCAGGUCAAAUUGCAACCUAUGGAAUGUCUAAUGGGGACCCAUCCUACUUGGCCAUAAGUACAGCUAGCAUGAUGAUGCCCCCUCCACCUGUGGCCCCCAAACCAGCCACUGCCUCAGUGACUGUUCUGCACAAACCUGCACCACCAGCAGAAACACCAUUACCAGAACAACCCUCAAGUAAUGUUCUCAAUAGAACGGCUCGUCCUUUCACUCCUGGCUUUAUUAGCAUUCGAGCAGCAACAGCCCCUGUAGCGUUCCGACCUUCUGUCACAAAGACGAGCCAGCGUCCUGCCUCAGCCGCUGUCAUGCCAUCACCAUUCUCCAAUGCCUCUGAAGUAGCCAUGACAUCGGUAACAUCACAUCUUCCCCCUGGUCCACCACCAGCGUUUACCCAGCCAUCCUUUGUACCUCAAGGUCCCUUGCCCUUAACACCAGAUGUUCCUGUUCCCUUUAACCAUCCAGCUGUUUACACCUCUCAAGAGAAAAUGCACUCAUCACCAGCAAUAAUUGCAGCCCACCAGGCUCCAUUUGCAGCUGGUGCCCCGGUGUAUUUGCCCUCAAUGCCCACAGCUCAACAAGCACCAAUGGUUUUCACCCCAGCUCCUCCUGCAUAUCAAUUUCCUAGUUCACCUGACCCAGUUGCCCAAGUGCAUCCACUUCAAGUUCCAGUUGUUCAGCCAAGUCCACUUCAAUAUACCAUGGCCCCAGUGUCGGUUGUAUCUCAGCUAGAAGCUGUAGCUCCAACCCCAGUUCCUGGUCCAUUAAGUCGCACGGGAAUAUUAAUCGACGCUCGACGCCGUGGUGGCAAACCCAAACCAAUGUUCAAUGUGCCAGAGGUCAAGAAACACUCCCCCAAUCCUGAGUUAUUGUGUAUGGUGCAGAACCUGGAUGACAGGUCCACCCGACACAAAUAUGGCCAACCACCGCCUGACGAAACCUUUGACGAUGCAGGUGAGGAGGAGAGGAGUGGUGAGGCUGGCAUGGGAAAAGCCCCUCCUCCAGUUGCACCCAAGCCUAGGGUCAUCCACGAAGCCCCACAGUUUCUGCAAGCAGGGGGUAAGGGGGCCGAGCUGUUUGCUCGCAGACAGAGCCGGAUGGGUAUGUACGUAGUUGAUACCCCACCUGAGACCCCUUACCAGCAGGAAGUAUCCUCGCACAAUGCAGCCCGAUCCCUUGACUUUUCCAAUAAUCCUUCACAGGUCUCUCAGUGGAAAUACUCCCCGAAUGUCCGUGCUCCUCCACCCAUUGGUUACAACCCACUCCUGGCCCCUUCUAUCCCUACAGGUCCUCAAAGGAAUACAAGCAAGCCAGAAAGCAUGGGUAGAGGUGGCCCCCAAAGAGAGGGCAUCAAAGCUCUGGAUUUCAUGAGAAAGCAGCCCUACCAGCUCAACUCUGCCAUGUUCAACUAUGGGGGCAGUGUUGCUAAUAUUUCAGCCAUGCCUUCUUACCAAGCCCAGAGGCAGCAGUAUGGUAACUACACAACAGCAACAAUGGUGGGCAGCUCAUUAACUCCCCCUAAGCAAAUCCCAAUCAAAACAGCUCGUGUUUUUGAGGUCAAACGAUUCUCCACACCAACACCAAUGUCAGCUCCCAGUCUAGCUCCCAAGGUCAUUGCACCCCGCUCUGCAACUACCCUCGGAGAACGUUUGACUCAUUCUGGUAUGAUCUCCCCACCUCCUGUUCAUUUUACUCCAAACCCAGGACCAGUCAGUACCCCAAUGCCAGCUUCAACACCCUCCCAACCAGUUGGACUGCCUGGAAUCCCAAAGUUCUCUGCCGCCCCUAUUCCACACCCGGUGCCCCCUGCAGUCCCUCCUCCUUACAUGCCAGUAUCAUACACCAGUGGGCUCCAGUCAGCCAAGCAGUUCCAGAGCGCUCCUGAACUCAGUUUUCUUGCCUCUUUGCCGCCACUGAAGUCCGACCCAGUUCAGGCACCCAAACCACGUUUUGUAGCCACCAAGGGGGGCAUUAAGCCCCGUGUCUGGAGGCCAGGAGCAAUGUGAAAACCAGGAAAUCAGUCAAUAUGACACUUGGACAUCCUUAUGUAAGACUAAUGUUUUCAUAGUUUAAGUUAAAAAUACCAAACAUCCACUAGUUCUAGAACUCAAAUGUGACAAUAUUCAGUUUUUCUCUUCUAAAGUCAUUGUUAAUUGAAUAUUUUUGGGUUUUGGGUAGGGCUAAGGCUUUGAAAAUGUACUAUGAGCAACUCAUUGACAUAUAGUGACAAAAAGUUAGAACUUGAAUAAUGGUAAGAGAUCAUAAACCCCUAUUUCAUUUUUUCAAAAUGCUGCUUUACACAUUUAUUUUUGCUGCUUACACAUUUAGUAACACAUAUAUCUGAGUGACAAUAAUAAAAUAGAGUAUAUUGGCACAUUAUGUAUGCUGUAUAGUCAACCAUAUGCCUGUCCUGGGGGAGGUUUGUGUAAGGUUUCUGGAGAUCUCUUUCUACUUAUUUAGCAGAAAUACCAUCUAAACAGAGCCUGUACUGAAAUAUUCUUUGAAACUUGAAAUGUCUGAAAGAUGUUGAAAAUGAAUUAUUGCGAUUCUGAGCAUAGGAUUCAAAUCAAUGAACAAAUAUGUUGUAGUAGGUGGACAGGUGGGGGGUCAUAAAGCAAAGGUUGCAGGCGUAUUUCUUUUAUAUUACUUUGAACAUUUCACUCUGUUAUUCAGUACUUGUCCUACUAAAUUAUGUGCCCAAAAAAUGUUUGUUUUUUUAACCCUGUUUGUUGCAGCAUUGUCAAGAAGAGACUGAGCCUAAUUGUCCAGGGGUAUUAAUCAUGCAUGACCAGCUGAAAAUUGUAAAAUAGAUUUUAAACAUCUUGAUUUUCACCUUGAAACAAUAUGUGAAGGUCUGCUCUUGCAGGCAAGGUUGUGUCAAAUGCCUCUGCUCACUAUAGCCAGAGAGAAAUGCUAUGUUUUUAGCAUGGGUCACAUUCAACAAGUGCCCUGGCUGUCAAUGAAUGUGCACUUGUCACUGGAUAUCAUAGCUGCCAUUAGGCACACCAGAGCCUCAUUAGUUUCAGUGUGAUCUUUGCAGAUAUGUAAAUUCUUAACUUUAUUAAACAAAUAACACAGAUGAAGUAAUGUGUAUUUGGUUUUGUUGAAUUGUGAUUUAAUCUGAUGUGGUGCAAGGGGAAGUUAACUGAAUGAGACGCAUUAGAAUUUAUGGAAGGAUUCAAGGAAGAAGAGUGGCUGUGGAGAAAGAUUUAGGCAGUAUAUACUGUAGGUAUGGCAGAUAACGGAUGUGGUCAUAACCCCACCAUUUGUUAUUGGGAUUCAUGGUUGAUUUGUACAUAGUUAUGAAAUCCCACAGUCUGUAGAAGUUAACAGCAGAAGGACAGGAACGUUUGGUACAUGAUAUUUUUUGGUAAAAGAGGCUGAGGCACAGUUUUAAAUGGUGUCUUUUUAAUAACAAUGGUUUCCAUUAAAAGUUAGGAAACAACUAAUGGCUAUAUACCUUGAAAGACUAUGUAUGCUAAUGGAAACAAGUAAGGAACAAAGCAAUUUAUAUGUUGUUUUCAGUUGUGGAAUUUUUGGGAAGAUACUUUUAUUUAUUUUUUACCACUUUUAAAAUAUAUUUCCUCUUCUUCUUUUUUCUUCUUAUACCAGUAUAGCCACGGAAAAGUGUGGACAUGGUUAUUUUGAGGUGUACAAUAUGAUAAAUGUAUGCUUCUAAAUGUAGUUUCAUUAAAUAUAACUCGAUAAAAUGUUAUUGAUGCUUACCAGAUUAUACUGACUUGAAGACAAGACAUUUUUAGAGGAAUGAAAUUAGAUUUGAAUGCCCUCGGGUUGUGUGACAUUUCUGAUUUUACACUGCCCCCUGCUGCUGAAUGUGUGAUCCUGCUUGUUUCUUUUUAUGUGCAGUACAUGCAUGCAAUACAUGAUAAUAUUAAUGAAGUGCAAUAACUGUAACAUGUUAAUCAGUUUUAAUAAAAGAAUAAAGGAAUGAAA